CAGGGGGCUUUACCUAUGGCUGCCACCCUCAACUGUAAACCUGCACUACAGCCAUUUCCUACCUCUGCAUGCACAUAAGGAGCUUUGUUAGCUGUGCUGUACAAUUUUUAAAAAAAUCCCUCCUGCCAAGAGUUUACAAUUUAAAACCAUUAAUAUAUUUAACAGCAUUGAUCCUUGCCUCCACCACAAAAUCUGAACAAAUCAUGUUUGGUUUAAAAUAGAGGCAGUGCUUCUUACCACACUUUGGAUUGGAAUGCCAAAUUGCUGAAAUAUUAAAUAUAUUUGUGUUGUUUCAACCAUAACAUGUAAAGCUGUUUAAAAAGCCUCAACAAUUUUAGGCCCCAGCCUACAAUAUGAUUCUCAUAGGUGCCAGAGUCCUUCUAGGUGGAUCCAAUUGUUGGAGCAGAGCCUUAGACAUGCUUGCUGAUGACUCCAACUAAUAAGGGGAAACAUGGUCAUCAAGCACAUUAGCUAACUUGAAAUUUAUUAAAGUUCAGGCCCUGAGAAGUCUGGACCAGCCACAGAUCUCCAACUCCUGACUCCCUUGAAGUAUCAUGGCAGUCAAAUGGACUAGUGGACAUUCCUCUUCUAUAUUGUGCUUGAAUGUAAACAAAGAAGGGCUGGUAGCUUCCGGAGCAGAGAGAGGAGAACUCACAAUCUGGAAUGAAGAAGGGAUUCAUUUAGGACAGAUACAGCUUCCAAGGGCAGAUGAUGUCACCAGUGUUGUGUUCUCUCCCACCUACCCCAGCAGGCUAUACAUCUCCCAUGGUGAAACCAUUAGCAUAUUGGAUGUCAGAUCCCUUAAGGGGCCAGUUGAAUGCUUUCAUCUGAAUGAGGAAGAGAUCAAUUGCCUGUCAGUGAAUGAGACAGAUAGUGUCCUGGCUGCUGCAGAUGACUCUGGGGCAAUAAAAAUUAUGAACUUGGAAAACAAGAAAGUCAGCCGGUCCUUGAGGAGGCAUUCAAACAUCUGCUCUUCUGUAGCCUUUCGACCUCAGCGCCCUCAAAGCCUUGUGUCUUGUGGACUGGACAUGAAGGUUAUGCUGUGGAACCUGCAGAAAGCUCGCCCACUGUGGACCAUGACCCUGCAGGAGAACGAAGCAGAAGGAGCGGAACAGCAAUCAGCUGGCCAGUUCUUUAACCCUCCCCUAGCUCAUUCUCUGUCUGUUGCAGCAUGUGGCAACGUCUUUGGUUGUGGAGGUGAAGAUGGUAAAAUCCGGAUCUUCAGGGUAACCGGUGUCAAGUUUGAACAGGAGCUGGGGUUUAAGGGUCACACUUUGGGGGUGUCACAGGUCCUCUUUCUGCCAGAAGAAUAUUGGCUGCUUUCGGGAGGAAAUGAUGGGAAGGUGUUACUGUGGGAUGUCAGCAAUGAAGUUGGGAAGCAACUGAAGAGUCCUGUGAAAUCCAUCCACAGGAGGAAGGCCAGAACACCAGCUUCCACCAAGAGAGAUGGCGAGCCCAAUGCAAUGGUUACAAAUGAACAUGCCAGAGUUUUACCAAAACUAAGCAUAGAACAUGGAGAGAAGGUAAACUGGAUUUCAUGUGCAGAGAUCAAAGGCUUCAGGAGGGUAUUAGUUGCCGAUCAGAGAAGCUGUAUAUCUGUAUAUCCUCUGAUUGAAACCUAGACACAUUGUUUAAGGAAAUCUUGGCAAGUAGCUAGUUUUUUGGAUUGUUGUGAGCUGGCCUACCUGGUUCCCUACAGGGCACUCUCCUCUUUGUUACCAUCGAGAGUAAACUUCCUGUAGCUUAAAUAAUUCCCAGCUCUCAUGCAUGUUUAGAAGUGGCCAGGAAUUUGUUAUGGCACAUUAUGCACAUAAGUAACAAUGCUUUAUCUUUUUCAAUCAUGGCACAUCUUCACUGUAAAUAUUUUCUUGUGGGGUCGGAAGAUGGUGCAUCUUGAAUACAGGUGUAAGUUUGUUUGAAAUGGAUUGAGAGGAAUUGCAGGCUCAAAAAUGAGCAGACACUGAGGCAGCCUCAUGCUGCAGGUUGUAACAUUUUAUGUUUCAGUCUGCAAACAUUAUAAGAAGGUAUUCAGUCUGGGAGAAAAAUGGUGGCCUUUUCUGUAAAAACUAAAUCAAUGGGUGUGGUAAGCUUUGUUGAAGGUGUAAUUGACUGGAGUCCUCCAAAACCCCUGCACAAUAAUAAAACUACUAAUUUUCCUGCUAAUUCCCCUUUUUAAUUCUUUGCUUUCCUUAUUUCAACAUUUCUGGUAAUUUAGGCCUGAAUUAGACAUAUAUUCUGAUUAUCUGAUUAUUAGGGGGGAGGGAUAGCUCAGUGGUUUGAGCAUUGGCCUGCUAAACCCAGGGUUGUGAGGUCAGUCCUUGAGGGGGCCACUUAGGGAUCUGGGGCAAAAUCAGUACUUGGUCCUGCUAGUGAAGGCAGGGGGCUGGACUCGAUGACCUUUCAGGGUCCCUUCCAGUUCUAGGAGAUGGGAUAUCUCCAUUAAUUAAUUAAAAAAAAAUCUGAGCUGCGACAACUGAAAUGUGGGUUGCAAGCAUGUUUGAACUAUUUUUAAUUUAAUAUAGUUAAGAAUAAUUACUGAAGGGGUUAGAUAGCUAAAUUGAUUUAAAGUUCAUCAUUGAGUGGGAUUUUCAGACUGGAAAAACAUUAGGGGAUGGGGGGAAAUGUUAACAGCUAUUAACUUGGCUUGUCCUCUGAUUUCAUGUGUCAGAGAAGAAAAAAAUGUUUUAGAACUGUUUCAAUAAAAGCUUUCUCCAUCACUGUGCUACUUGUGCUCCUGCUAGCUCUUGUAUGACUAUCCUAUGUAACCCUAUAUGUUGUGAAAAAUGUGAAGUUGAGGAUUUUAUAACUUAAAUGCAGAGAAUAAUAAAAACACAGAGGGCCAAAUGCUGCUGUCUUCCUUACACACAUAGUAUUAUUGAUUUCAAGGGCUCCUUGCAUGAAUAGGGAAAGCAGGCUCUUGCCCUAGGUGAAGAGUUAGCUUACAAAUGUGGGGGGAGGUGACCAAAUGUGAAUCCUGUGCCUCUGAAGUUAUUUAAUAAACUCUCGGCUUUUAUGGGAUGUGCAGAUAAUUCAGAAAGUUUAUUUUCCCAGGAUUUCCUGUAUCACUGAUGUGCUAAAAGUGCACUACUAUACAGUUUGGGAACUAAUCUGACCAAUUAAAUUAUUUCCUUCUCAUUGUUUAUACAUGUAAAGGAGCGAUCUUUGCCAAAAACACUGAACUUUGAAGUAUUAAAUCUGACAUUACUAAAAUAAAGUUAAUUUGUGUUUGUCAAUUAGAAGCUUUUUUGGUGGCAAGCAGUAAGAUAAUGGGAGAGAUGGAUUGUCCUUUUAUCGUAAGAAAAGAGCCAAACUGUAACUAAAAUACUUAGGAGACAUUCCCCUCUGGCUGCCAAAACUAUCCACUGUACAUUGGUGAUGUUGCAUUCCAUAUGCUUUAUGAAAUUAUGCUAAUAAGUGAAUAUAAUGUAACUGGAAUAUGCUCUUGUAAGGUAUCAUUACAAAGCUUAUCUACUGCGUAUGUUCAUCUUAUCUGUAUGAAUGUAUCAUUUCUGUUUCGAGUUAGGAGAAUAAGAUGUAAACAUGUUAAGUGGAUGCCAUUAAGGUGCUUCAGAAUCAAUCACCUGUAAAUGGCUCUGUUUACUUGUAAGCCUUCCUCUGUUCGUGAGUCAGGCCGGAAAGAAUGGAGGCUUGGGGUCUCACAGGACAUGUGACCAUGUCACCUGGUACUGGAAUCCAUCUUAAACCUGGUGCUUUUCCAUUUAGAAGGAAGGGUAGAGAGCCAGAGAGACAAAAGAUUCUCGCCUUGUGCCAAAGCCAUGAAAGGGCUGCAGUCAUGAGAAAUCCCCUUUUUUACCACCUGAGCUGGAACUAACAAGAACUGUACCAGGGAAAGGAUUGGGCCCAGAUUAGGAAGGAGUCUAGUCUGUGAAAGAAGCUUAUUGGAACAUCUCUGAGGGUGAGAUUUACCUAUAUUCAGUUUCUUAAUGUAUUAGGCUUAGACUUGCGUGUUUUGCUUUAUUUUGCUUGGUAACUUACUUUGUUCUGUCUGUUAUUGCUUGAAACCACUUAAAACCCAUGUUUUAUGCUUAAUAAAAUCACUUGUGUAUGA